CCGAGGAGGGGCAGCAGUGCAGACUGCAGCCGCGGAGUGUCUCUGUGCGUCAGCACUCGUCCCUCUCUCUCUCUCUCUCCCUCUCUCUCUCUCUCUCCCUCUCUCUCCGUCUGCUCACACCAUGGAGCCCAACAGCCCAAAGAAGAUCCAGUUCUCCGUGCCUCUUUUCCAGAGCCAGCUGGACCCGCAGGCAGCGGAACAUAUCCGCAAGAGGAGACCUACACCAGCCACGCUGGUCAUCUACAAGGACCCGUCAGCCGCAGGAUCAGAAGACCGACGGAACACUAGCAGCCAGGCAGAGGGCCAGAGUGCAGAGGUAUCCCCUGCCCAGAGGAAGAAGAGUGUCUACACCCCUCCUGUGAUGAAAGGCAGGGAUCAGGCUCUCCUCCCCAGAUCUGCGCAGGACGAGAGGGAUGGCCAGCGCAGCUCACACUCACAGCCGCACCCAGACACGCCCACAGAGGAGUGGUCAGGGACCCCGCCCAGGCGCAAAGACACGCCCUACCAGCACCAGCACCUGUUCACCCCAGAGGGCAAGCUCCUUAAGAUGGCGAGGGAGUCCUCCUUUCCUGAGGAGGAGGAGGGCCUGAACGAGCAGGAGGAAGAUGGGAACCAGUAAAGGGGUCCAAAAGCACCCCCACAUCCAGAACCUCUGCGUCAGUGACCAAAACGCAAGAAUGGAGGAAAAACGUUUUUUUUUACCGCCAAAGGAACUCAGUCUGACUACUUCCUGCCCACGCUGGCAUCCUUUAUCUUAGUGUCCGAUGGCAGGCCAGUUAGGCUCUGAUUAGCCUCUCCUUUCUUUCCAGGGCAGACAUUGACCGUACUCUCUCUCACUCUCACAGUGUACAUGCACUUCAUUGUUGUUGAUCAUCUGAAAUUGUGAUGAGACAAGACGACCAGCUUACAGUUAUUGUAGCAAUACUGAGAAAAUCCAUUUAGUAAUUACCUGACGACAUGAUACAAAUGAUAUCUUUAUUUUUGAAGGCCAGAAAAACAUUCCUUUCUAUUCGAUAACCUCUUUCAUGCCCUCUGUGUAUGUGGAAAAAUAUUUUUUGAAUAAAGCCUGAUAAAUGAAUUUCUGAUAAAUGAAGGUGAGGAAUUUUGUAGAGGGUUUUCUUUCUGUGGGAAAUGUUUUUAAUACAGAACACAGCACUGAAGGAACAGGAAUAAGACACAGCACAGCGCGUUUCUGUGGAUGACCAGGGGCACCGGGUUACAGUUAAGGUACGUUUAUGCCUCCCCGAUCAGACAAGUGCAAAACCCAGGAGCUAAUCUUAACCCUAAUCAUGUCUGACUACCCCCUGUAGAUUUUUGUCUACACUUUUUUAAACAGAUAUGAGACCAAUAUGCAAAC